CUCCCGUGAAUUGUGCAUUCUCUAUUAUCAACCACCAGAAGAUUAUCCCCGAUACGCGUUUGUCAGCUCGACUUCUCAUCGCCGAUCAACCAUCGACAGAGCCCUUCUUCUGCUCGAGAUUUCCCACCUCUCGGCCGCUCUUUCUCUCACUCACAUCUGCAGCUUCGCUACUUCAGUUUUCGUUCUCGAUACCCGUGCUUCGGCAGCCACACUCGUCUCACUCGCAUCUACGUAGCGUACUAGUCAGCAGCGCCCGCUUCUUCGUACACCCCUCCAUUCCGUCAACUUCCCUCGCAACACACACACAUACCACCACACCUUCAGACUCCACCUAACUGCCUACCCCCGCGCUCGCAAUGGGUUUCUUCCUCGAAUUCCUCUGGCGUCAGCUCUUCGUCUGGCUCCCCACUCCCAACUACGACUUCUCGGGCCAAACCGUGAUCAUCACCGGCUCCAACACCGGUCUUGGCCGCGAGGCUGCUCGACACAUCGUCCGUCUUGGAGCUGCCAAAGUCAUCCUCGCAGUGCGCACUCCCGCCAAGGGCGAAGCUGCCGCAGCUGAGAUCCUCGAGUCGACCAAGAAGACCUCCUCAAUCAUCGAAGUAUGGGAGCUCAACUUGUCCAGCUCUGCUUCCGUCAAGGCUUUCGCCAAGCGUGCUCAAGGUCUUGCUAGGCUCGAUGCUGUUAUCCUCAAUGCUGGUAUCUUGACCACGCAAUUCGCUCUCGUUGAAGGUGAGGAGAGCAGCAUCGUUGUCAAUGUUGUCCACAACACCCUCCUCGCACUUUCUCUCCUCCCCAAGCUCAGAGAGAGUGCCGCCAAGACGGGUCUCCGAGGACGCAUCGCCUUUGUUGGCUCUGAUCUCCAGUACCUCGCCAAGUUCGCCGAAGGCGAAACUCCAGGAAACACCUUUGACGUCUUGCGCGUUGAGGAGAAGGCUGACAUGGACGAUCGCUACAAAGUCAGCAAGCUUCUACUCGCCUGUGCAGUUCGCGCUAUUUCUGCUGAGAGCCCCGUCUCCGACAAGUCCAAUGUGAUCAUCACCUACCUGACCCCUGGAGCCUGCAAAUCCGACCUCUUCCGUGAUCCCAUGGGCGGCUUCCAGGCUCUGGCUUUGGCUAUUGGCAAGACGAUCAUUGGUCGCUCGACUGAGGUUGGUAGUCGUACGCUCGUCAACGCCGUUCGACCGAAUCAAGACGUCAAGGUUCAUGGUCAAUUCUUGAUGGAUGGCAAAGUUGCUUCUGCCGGACCCAAGAUCAACAGUCCCGAAGGCAAGAAGCUGGAGGAGAAGUUCCACAAGGAGCUCUACGACAAGCUGGAGCAGCUCUCACCGGGCGUUACCAAGAUUUGAGUAGUGCUGGCUUUGGGAUUUCUUCUUCAUUAGAGCGCUGC